CGCGGAUCUCCUCCGUCCAUGCACCGCGUCUCUCUCUCGGAGAGUGGCGGCGGAGCGACGAGCUGCGACCGGUCUGUGCUGUCUUGUGUUGAGGAAGAGGAGGAGGAGGAGGAGGAGGGUGAGCCUCUGGACUGAUGUCUCUGCCUGUCAAGAAUCUGAAGUGUCUGUCGCCGGUCAUGUGCCAGUGUAAGGUCAUCUGCAGCAACCGGACCCUGUCGCUCAUGUUCGGGUGUAAGAAGUACAGGUACCAGGAUGAGGAGACGCCCCCCUUGGAGCACAGUCCAGCACAUCUGGCUCCAGGGAAAAGUGCCGAGAUGCUUCAUAUGAGCGACAAGAACCUUGCUGCUAUGGAGGCCAUACAUGGCUACACGCCACACACACAUAUCUCUCCUGUCAAGGGAAAUACUCCUCCAGUGGUGGUGAACACCGACACGCUCGAUGGUUCCCCAUAUGUGAAUGGGACAGAAGGGGAAAUCGAGUAUGAGGAGAUCACACUGGAGAGAGGUAACUCAGGCCUGGGCUUCAGCAUUGCAGGGGGAACAGACAACCCUCAUGUGGGCGACGACCCCAGCAUCUUCAUCACCAAAAUCAUACCCGGAGGAGCGGCGGCUCAGGAUGGACGGCUGAGUGUGAACGACUGCAUCUUAUUUGUGAAUGAUGUUGACGUGCGGGAGGUGACACACAGCCAAGCUGUGGAGGCUCUCAAGGAGGCAGGUGCUAUCGUCCGCCUCUACGUUCUCCGCAGAAAACCGGCGGCUGAGAAAGUCACAGAAAUCAAACUCAUCAAAGGGCCUAAAGGAUUGGGUUUCAGCAUCGCUGGAGGGGUGGGAAACCAGCACAUACCAGGAGAUAACAGUAUCUAUGUCACCAAGAUUAUUGAAGGCGGAGCGGCUCAUAAAGAUGGACGUCUGCAGAUCGGGGACAAGAUCUUAGCGGUGAACAACGUGUGUCUGGAGGAUGUGAUGCAUGAGGAUGCGGUGGGGGCUCUGAAGAACACAGCCGAGGUGGUGUACCUCAGGGUGGCCAAGCCCAACAACCUGUUCUUGACCAACUCCUACAACCCUCCAGACCUCACCAGCACAUAUUCCCAUAUGGAUACUGAACUCAGCCACCCCAACUAUCUUGGCUCAGAUUACCCACAAGCUCUCACUCCCACCUCACCUAGUCGGUUUUCUCCUGUUCUGCACGGCAUGAUGGGAGAUGAUGACAUCCCCAGGGAGCCUCGCAGAGUUCUGAUCCAUCGAGGCUCCACAGGUCUGGGAUUCAACAUUGUUGGGGGCGAGGAUGGAGAGGGAAUCUUUAUCUCUUUCAUCCUGGCAGGAGGGCCAGCGGACCUCAGCGGAGAGCUGCACAAGGGCGAUCAGAUCCUCAGUGUGAACGGCGUGGACCUGCGCAUGGCGACACAUGAACAGGCAGCUGCAGCGCUGAAGAACGCAGGCCAGACAGUGACCAUCAUCGCUCAGUAUCGGCCCGAUGAGUACAGCCGCUUUGAAGCAAAGAUCCAUGACUUGAGGGAACAGCUGAUGAACAGCAGCAUGGGCUCGGGGACUACAACGCUAAGGAGCAACCCAAAGAGAGGCUUCUACAUCAGGGCUCUUUUUGACUAUGACAAGACUGCAGACUGUGGCUUCCUCAGUCAAGCACUGGGCUUCAAGUUCGGGGAUGUGCUGCAUGUGCUGGACUGUGGGGAUGAGGAGUGGUGGCAGGCCCGUAAAGUCAGCCCCCAGAAUGAGGCUGAGGAGGUUGGCUUCAUCCCCAGCAAGCACAGGGUGGAAAGAAAAGAGUGGUCUCGUGCUAACACCAAAGAGAGGGACCACGGUCGAGACAGUUUGGGCCCUCAAGGGAGAGAUAAAACAUCACAGAGUUAUGAGACAGUCACCCAAGUGGAAGUUCAUUACGCAAGGCCCAUCAUCAUUCUGGGUCCUGUGAAGGACAGGAUAAAUGAUGACCUGUUGUCUGAGUUCCCUGAUAAGUUUGGAUCUUGUGUCCCACACACCACGCGGCCCAAGAGAGAGUAUGAGGUGGAUGGGAGGGACUAUCACUUUGUGUCGUCGCGGGAACAGAUGGAGAAGGACAUUCAGAGCCAUCGGUUCAUCGAGGCCGGCCAGUACAACAGUCACCUGUAUGGCACCAGUGUCCAGAGUGUCCGUGAGGUGGCUGAGCAGCAGGGGAAACACUGCAUCCUGGAUGUAUCGGCCAACGCUGUGCGCAGACUACAAGCAGCUCAGCUUCAUCCCAUCGCUAUCUUCGUACGGCCCAAGACGCUGGAGAACGUCCUAGAGAUCAAUACUCGCCUGACAGAGGAGCAGGCCAGGAAAGGAAUGGACCGAGCCCUAAAACUAGAACAAGACUUUCUAGAGUGUUUUUCAGCUGUCGUGGAAGGGGACAGCUUUGAAGAGGUCUAUCACAAAGUAAAGACAGUGAUCGAGGAGCAAUCAGGGCCUUACAUCUGGAUCCCCACUCGGGAGAGGCUGUGAUGCUGCACCCCCGCCCCGCCCCACCCCACCCUGCCCGACAGGCCUUCCCUCACCAACCACCGACCUGACACCACCCUUCACCCUCACAGCCAAGCCAGCCUCGCCUGCCUGUCUGUCCUCCAGCAAAGUCAGUGCUUAGGCAAUCACUGAGAAUGACACAGAGAGACAAAUGCAUACUAAGACAAACACAGAAAUAGAGACAAACACAGGAAGUGACACAUCGAGGCAAAGAACGAUACCAAAAAAGAGACUCUGAGACAGACGUGAACACAGCUAUGUGUUGUUCGACAGAGAAAAGACUAAAUCAGUAUUUAAUGAGGUACGACUGAGUCUUGACGUCCUGUUUCACAUUUAGCAUUAAAAUGCAUCUUGGUACAGCUGUGCUGGGGAUGUAAAUAUCCUCAACAAGGUUUAUUUAGCGAUACCAAACAAUUUUAGUGUGUUUUUUUCUCUUUCAAUACAUUUUAAAAUCAAAUAUGAAUCAAAUUAUAUCAUCACAGCUUAAGAGAUUUCUGAUGCAUUUUGAUGCCAUUUGUGAGCUGCAGUUCAUGUCAUCUGCAUCUAUACACGAUACACCUGCUGGACACGCAGGACAUUAGGUCUGAGCAGGGCUUGAAAGAGAGUAGAGGGUGACGCAGCAGGGACGGACACCGAGGUUGUAUUAGCACCACCUCAACCUCCCCAUCCCUCGGAUGUCUCAUGCUGAAAACCUCCACGCGCCUAUGUCUGAGAUGAAGGUGCCCCAAAAAGACUCUGGCCCCUCUUUUUAUAUCAGCUCCUGGCUUCUCUCCUCCUCCUCCUGUCAGCUCUGCCUUGUUUCACGACAGGAGAGGGGGACGACUGAGAACAGGAAUCUCCUCUUGGAUUUGGGCGUGAACUCAGAAUUUCACAGUAGUGACCAAGACUGACACGUGCUCAGUCACCCAUGUUUAAUAUAGCAAGGCAUUAUUUAAAGAGCAGUUCAAAUAAUUAUAAUGAUAAAAACUCAUAUGCUGAAUUUGUGCAUGCAUCCUCAAAGACAAUGGAGACAGGAGAUGAAAACAAUGGAAAAAUCUGACAAAAAAAAAAAGUGGUAAAAAGAAAGGCGAGUAAAUAGGCUGUGUUCUUCUUAACCACCUCCUAUUGUGGAGGAGUUUUUUAAGCAUGUCUCAAGAAAGAAGAAGAGUGACAAGGUCAUGAGACAUGGUCAUGAUGGGCCAGUCCUGAGCACAGUAGAAGCUCUGACAUCCAGUUUAGCCUCUGCUCUCUUAUGCACACACACUCAACGCACCAACAUGCUAUCACACACACACACACACACACAUACACACUUGUCCACCGACACACACACACACACACACAGAGUUGUAACCUCAGCUGUAACCUAGCACACUCCUCUACAGGGGGAAUGGCUGUUCUGACCUGCUAGUCAGAAUCUAGGAUGAAUGUUAUCUCUCUAGGCACAAACAGCAGAGCUGUUAGCUUCAUCGCACCACAGCCAACUCACCAAUCACUCUUCCAAAAGAAUCCCUCAGCCGCAGACGUACACACUGUUUCCAGUGGCCGCAGUAAAAGCCAUGGCGUGUGCAUGUGUGUGUCUGUGAGAGCUGGUGCGGGCGUGUAUGUGUAUGUGCGUGUGCGUCUGUGUGUAUGUGUGUGCAUCUGUGCACAUUAAUGUGUGGAAACUCCUCUGUGUGGGAGGAAUAGGUCUUCUUUUAUUCUCUCUUCCACUUUUUCCUCUGCUUCUUUCUCUCUCUCGUGUCCACACAAAAUAAAAGCUAAGUCAUGUUUAACAAAUAAAUGGCCUAUAUAUAUAAAUAUAAAUAUAAAUAUAUAUAUAUAUAUAUCUUUUUUAUGACAAUUUCUAACGUGACUAAGUCUGUAAAAAUCAACAUCUACAAACAAUAUUCCAUUGAUUUCUUUGGGUAAUAUUGCUAUUGUUUGGUUGUUGGAUUUACUCACGUUCCCAUUUUAACACAGCAAAGAGAAAUAAGUGAAGCACUCAGUCCAGUGGAUGAAAAGCAGACCUCACUCCAGAGCCUUGAGCUGACAUAUCUGACAUGUUCUGGUGUACGUUGACAACGAAUUGAGACACAUUUACAAUGCAGCUGUGUGUGUGUGUGUGUGUGUGUGUGCAACUGUGUGUGUGCAUUUGUGUGUUUGCUGCUUGAGUGUGUGGUUGACAAGAAAGCUUGUGUGUUAUGUACACAGUAUAUAACUGAUACCAUAUGAGAAAUAUCUAUCCUUUAUAACAUCCACAUGGUGGUUAUAAUGUAUAAUGCAUAAAUAGAUGGUGUGUGUGUGUGUGUGUGUGUGUGUGUGUGUGUGUGUGUGUGUGUGUGUGUGUGUGUGUGUGUGCCAAAACGAGAGAGUGAGACACGCACAUGAAGAUGUACUGCAAUACUGCUAUGAUGUUAUGCAAUGAAGAUGGUUUAUACAUGUGUCUAAGAUUAUAAAGAGUAUUUAUGAAGUUUGCACUGACGGCAUUAUAUGCUACAGGUAUCUGCAGGAAAAAGAUGGUGACGGGAAAACAAAGGGACUCUGAGGUUUUAUGAGCAUGUGUUUGUAUUUACUCAUAAUUGGUCCUGAAUUAUAAGAGUGAAGGUGGAAGUGUCGAUGGAAGUAACCGUAUUCAUAUUUAUUGUUUGUUUAUUUCUUUGCUUCUCUCAGCUGAGGCCUGUUAACGACAGGCUUUCUGUUUAUGUUCAUGGUUUAUUAUUCAUCUAGAACUGUUGCUGGUUCCAUCUCAAGGGUCUGUGUAUUUUAUGUAUUUUAUUUAAUUUUUUUACACAUUGAGAGAGCUAUUUGGGUCUCGGCCAGAAAUGCUGUAAAUAUAAUAGGUAUGUUGGAGUGUGGCUUCAGCACACUGCUGAAUCAAUGCAGAUACAGAGUCCAUCCGAGCCACAGCCCAGUUUAUCUGCUCAAACACACACACACACACACACACAAAUACACACACACACACACACACACACACACACACACACACACACACACACAUAUCAGCACGUCCACACAUCCAUUUACAUUUACACACUGAGAGAAUCACAGAAACGACAACACACGACGAAACAUCCAUGAAUGGAAUAAUAUGUUUUCUUUCUUUGAACGGUUCAAUGUAUUUCUUAAUAUCUCUCUCAGCCAUCCGUAUCAUAGUGUGAUAUUCCUUAUAAAAAUAUAUGACUUUUUACAGAAAAGACUGAUUACGAACUUACACAGAGACAACUGAUGCAGAAAAAUAUAUUUAACAAUGACAAAUAUCAAGCAAAAUAAAAUGUUCCAGUUCAGU